GUCGGCGAUAAAACUUUUGAAAGAAGAUAAGUCUCCCGUUGCCUCGAAUUCGAUUCAGUAUUCGAGCGAAAGUGAAACAAGGGGCUGAAACGGCCAAGAUGGGUGUGAACAUGUUGAAAGUUUCGCAGCAUUUGAAAAAUGUGAUAAGUAAACGAAAUUAUGCGACUAAAAAAGUGAUGGCAAUAAGAAGGGAGGACCAAAGUAUUUGGGAAAGGAGAGCCCCCUUCGCUCCAAACCACGUGAGAAAAUUGGUGAAGCAAGGAAUCAAAGUGAUAGUUCAACCAAGUAAUAGAAGAGCUUAUCCCAUGCAGAACUAUUUGGACGCUGGAGCUGUUGUACGAGAGGAUAUAUCCGAAGCUAGUGUCAUUUUCGGAGUGAAACAAGUACCCAUCGAUCAACUGAUUCCAAACAAAACUUAUUGUUUAUUCUCGCACACCAUCAAGGCUCAAGAGAGUAACAUGCCCCUUUUAGAUGCCAUACUUGAAAAACAUAUAAGAUUGAUAGACUACGAAAAGCUUGUCGAUGAAAAAGGACAAAGGGUGGUAGCUUUUGGAAAAAUGGCAGGUGUAGCAGGAACUGUGAACAUCCUCCAUGGAAUUGGGCUUAGGAUGUUGGCCUUGGGACAUCACACGCCCUUCAUGCACAUAGGCCCAGCUCAUAACUACAGGAACUGCAGCAUGGCCUUUCAAGCCAUCAGAGAUGCUGGAUAUGAAAUAGCCCUUGGGUUGAUGCCCAAAUCUAUUGGUCCACUCACUUUCGUUUUCACAGGAUCUGGAAACGUCUCUCAAGGUUCCCAGGAAGUCUUUCAAGAACUGCCCCACGAAUACGUGGCCCCAAACAUGCUCCGUAAGGCAGCCGAACACGGCAGUCUGAACAAGAUUUACGGAUGUGUGGUCAGGAGGAGAGACUACCUGGAAAGAGAGGGUGGUGGUGGUUUUGACCCCGUCGAAUACGAAGAGCACCCAGAGAGGUACAUAUCCACGUUCAGCAAGAAGAUUGCCCCUUAUGCUUCGGUCAUAAUCAACGGUAUAUACUGGGCAGUGAACAGUCCGAAACUUAUAACGAUUCCAGACGCUAAACACCUCUUGAGAUCCGCCCAUACACCGUGGUUACCAACUUCUGUAGGCGCACCUGCGUUGCCACACAGAAUGUUGGCGAUUUGUGACAUUUCCGCAGAUCCUGGUGGUUCUAUCGAAUUCAUGAACGAAUGCACCACGAUAGAUAAUCCAUUUUGUCUGUACGACGCCGACAGGAACAAAGACACCAACAGCUUCAGCGGACCAGGCGUGUUAGUUUGCAGUAUAGACAACAUGCCGACGCAGUUACCCAGGGAAAGUACAGAUUUUUUCGGCGAUCUACUGUUUCCCUUCACUCAUAACAUCCUCCAGUCCAACGCUGAAGUGGACCUGGAAAAACAUUCAUUCUCACCGGUGGUUUCAGGGGCAAUCAUAGCAAGCAACGGUCACUUGACACCAAAUUUCGAAUACAUAACUGAACUAAGAAAACAAGCAACGAAACAGAGGGACAAAGGAUCCUCCGAAGUCCAGCAAAAGAAGAAGAAAGUCUUGGUGGUCGGCGCCGGCAGGGUGGCAGCUCCCCUAAUAGAAUACCUGCAUCGCGACGACAGCGUCGGCAUCACUGUAGCCUGCGAAAAAAUCGAGCUGGGCAACUCGCUGGCAUCCACCUACCCUGGGGUGGAAAGUUCCUACCUCAACGCUGCCGAGAAUCUACCCCUCUUGCAGGAAAUGGUAUCGGCGGCUGACUGCGUGGUGUCCAUACUGCCGGCCAAUCUGCAUCACAUCAUCGCGAGAGCUUGCGUGGCCGAGAAGACCCACAUGGUCACCGCCAGUUACAUGAACGAGGACAUAAAACGGUUGCACGACGAAGCUCAGGACGCUGGGAUAACGAUCUUGAACGAGGUCGGUCUUGAUCCGGGAAUAGAUCAUCUGUUGGCGUUGGAGUGCAUCCAGGAGGUCAAGUCGCAAGGGGGUUACAUCACGUCUUUCGAAUCCUUCUGCGGAGGUCUGCCGGCGCCGGAGUUCAGCGACAACCCUCUCAGAUAUAAAUUCUCGUGGUCGCCAAGAGGCGCUUUGUUGAACACUUUAUCGUCAGCAAGGUAUCUGAGCAAAGGACAGAUUGUAGAAAUCAAAGAGGGAGGCGAUCUGAUGAGAUCCACAAAAGCCUUGGACUUUCUGCCCGGCUUCAACCUGGAAGGUUUCCCAAACAGAGACAGUAUUAUUUACGGUGAACACUACGGCAUCGCUAAAGCUGCAACGAUACUUAGGGGUACUUUGAGAUACACCGGUUUCUCCCAAGCCGCUAGAAUAUUACAAGCCAUAGGACUAUUGGACACCGAACCUAAUCCCAGUUUACAUUCCCAAGGACCGGACAUAACGUGGAGAGAUUUAAUUUGUAACUUACUAGGUAUCGAAGAUAAAAGUAUACUUUACGAUAACAUCACCAACAUGAUAACGGAAAGAACUGGAUCAGAUUUUGCCGUUGAUUUAUUGGAGGACUUGGGAUUAUUAGAAGAAAACGCUGUAUUGAAAUGUGGAACGCCUUUAGAUACCCUCACACAUUAUCUAUCCAGUAAAUUAGCCCUAGAUAAAAACGAGAGGGAUAUAGUUAUUCUAAGACACGAAUUGGGCAUUGCGUGGCCCGGUGGUAAGAAAGAAAUUCGAGGUAUCAACUUCGUAGUGUACGGUGACAUAAAUGGACAUUCAGCUAUGGCGAAAACGGUUGGGAUACCCGCUGCCAUAGCGACCAAGAUGAUUCUAGAUGGGGAAAUACAAGAAAGAGGCUCAAUCCUACCUUUUGCACCUGAAAUUUACAGAACUAUAUUAUCGAGGUUGAAGAACGAAGGUCUCAAAGCCAUCGAAACUUCAAGAAUUCAUUGAAAAAUGUGAAUGCAAAAAACUAUUUAUUGAUUUUCCACCAAGGAAAAAUAGACUGACAUCUUCAUUAAUAAUGGAACUUUGAACAAAUAAGUAACUUUAAAAAAAAGUUCAUAUAAAAAUUAUCGUGUAUAAGAAAUAACUUUAAUACUAUAAAAUAAAAUGUAUAUCUGAGUACACCAUUCAAUGACAAUACAAUAAAAAAUAUUAAUAAAUAAUUCGUUGAUCCUUAAA